GGCGGGGCAGCGGUGCAUUGUGGGAAUCCCGCGGACUGGCUCGGUCCCCACAGCCAUCCCGCGCGUUCAGCUGCUGCGGGGUUCCCAGCAAGAGUGUAGCCAGAACCUGCGCGCCGGUCUUGCCCGCAGCUAACCCAAGAUCCGAUCCGAAAGUAAGCGUUGGAAUUCGCCCCGUGGCCCCAGGACGCAGCAUCUGUCAGGCUUCGGCAACCUCUGCUCUCGCCAACCGCCCUGGAGCCACUGAAGGACGUCCACCUGGGCCUUGCCCCACCCAGACGCGGCCCCGCUCGCCUGGCGGCCCUCUCGGGUCACUAUCUCUACUAUCACUACGGCUGCGACGGUUUGGACGAUCGGGGCUGGGGCUGCGGAUACCGCACUCUGCAGACGCUGUGCUCGUGGCCAGAGGGCCGGCCCGCCGGCGUGCCCAGCCUGGCCGCCAUACAGGCGGCACUGGAGGACAUGGGCGACAAACCCCCCGGGUUCCGGGGUUCCCGGAACUGGAUCGGCUGUGUAGAGGCCAGCCUCUGCCUGGACCACUUUGGAGGACCCCAGGGUCGCCUAUGCCACGUGCCCCGUGGAAUGGGGCUUCAGGGAGAACUGGAGAUGCUUUACUCCCACUUCGCAGGGGGUGGGGGACCUGUAAUGGUUGGAGGGGAUGUGGAUGCCCAGUCUAAGGCCUUGCUGGGAAUCUGCCUGGGGCCAGGCACCGAAGCCUACGCCCUGGUAUUGGACCCUCACUGCUGGGGUGCUCCGAAAAACCCCAGUGAACUACAGGCCACUGGGUGGGUGGGCUGGCAAGAGGUAAGCACAGCCUUUGACUCUAACUCCUUCUACAACCUGUGUUUGACCAGCCAUAACUCUGAAAAGCAGCUGUGCACCCUGGACUGAGGCAGAAGUCCCAGAACGGAAACUGUUUCCAGCACCCCUGACCCCCAACCCCCACCUACCCACUUUCAAAGGCAGAGGCUUAGAAGCUGUAUGUCAGGCCCUCCAGAAAGUCCCUGCAGAACCUGGGGCCUUUCGCAUCAAAGUGGCAAGCCCAGCUAACCACUGCCCCAGCCAAUGUUUGGGAGGCUCUAGGGAAAUACAUAUAUUAUAUAUUCAGUCAG